UCCUUAAAUCGAUUUCUCAUAAGACUUGUUAUCGCAAUCAACCCUUGUUUUCAUUAGUAAAUUUAAAUUUUUUUAGUCCAUAAACCAAAUUAACUAACAUAAAAGCCGAAGAGCAGCGAAAAGGCCAAAGGCUGAGUGACCAGAGCGGUAAGGCAAGGCAAGGCAGCGCAUAACGCGAUCCGAGCAGCGCAGCGCAGCGGCAGCGGCGGCGACAGAGCCAGACAACGAGGCGCAUCGCAUCGCAACGCAACGCAACAAAGACGACGCAAGCGAGAGGAAAAGCAUGAGCUGAGGCUGAGACCCAUCGCAAGCGAAACCGAGGCCAGAGGGGAAACGCGUGGACAUCAAGGGCAGCCAGUUAGCCAGUUAGCGAGUUAGCCAGCUAGCGAAACGGACUGAGCUCACGCCACCACUCCAGGACGGACCCACGCCUCACUCAACCAGGACGGCGUCGCCUCCGCAGGAGGAGCAGAACAGCGGAGCCAGCAGGCAACUUCCCAGCGGAGCUCCGGCAGCAACAUGAGCACGGUGUUCAUAAACUCGCGCAAGAGCCCCAACGUGCUGAAGAAGCAGGGCACCGACCAGUGGGUCAAGCUGAACGUGGGCGGCACCUACUUCCUCACCACCAAGACGACGCUCUCCCGUGACCCAAAUUCCUUCCUCUCCCGCUUGAUUCAGGAGGACUGCGACUUGAUUUCGGAUCGGGACGAGACAGGCGCCUACCUGAUCGACAGGGACCCCAAAUACUUUGCGCCCGUGCUCAACUAUCUGCGUCACGGCAAGCUGGUGCUCGAUGGCGUGUCCGAGGAAGGCGUGUUGGAGGAGGCUGAGUUCUACAACGUGACGCAGCUGAUAGCUCUACUGAAGGAGUGCAUCCUGCACAGGGAUCAGCGACCGCAUGCGGACAAGAAGCGCGUGUACCGCGUGCUGCAGUGCCGGGAGCAGGAACUGACCCAGAUGAUCUCAACUCUGUCGGACGGCUGGCGGUUUGAGCAGCUGAUCAGCAUGCAGUUCAGUCACUACGGGCCCUUCGAAAACAAUGAGUUCCUGUGCGUGGUCUCCAAGGAGUGCGGCACGACGGCCGGGCGGGAGCUGGAGCUCAACGACCGGGCCAAGGUCUUGCAGCAGAAGGGAUCGCGAAUUCUUGGAAUUUAAAGGCGUUGUAUAUUUACACGCAAUACCCUAAUAACAAAACCCGAACUCCCCGUCAUCAACAAUCAGCAAUCAACAAACAUCUAACAACUUAUUCCCAAUCGGCAACAUAAUUAGCCACACCGACCCAACACCAAUUGAAUGCAGCCAAGGAAGCCGCCCCUG